AUGAAUUGUCGAUCUUGUAACACCAACCAUUCUAUGGUGCCAUCAGCUGACGGUUUUGGAUGUAUUUGCGCAAUUAGCAGUAUAUCGGUUGGGACCUCAAAAUGUAAGCCUUGUAACUCGACGGAGUUGAUAUCCGAAGAUGGCACUACGUGUGUACCACGACGCUGUCAGAAGUCUGGUGGCAGAGUUGUGUGUAGAAAGUGUCCCAAUGAUUAUAUAGCUGUAACGCAGAACUUCGACGGGUCACCAAUGAAAGAAGUGACUUGUUUCAAAUGCGCUCGGGGAUACAAAGUGAAAGACAACAAAUGUGUCAAGUGCGAAGCGUGUUCCUGCAGCAAAAGCGAAGUAGUCGUAAGCGGGGCGUGUUUACCCAAGACAUAUGUGAUGGAGAGACCCAAGUAUAAUGAUAAUAAAUUACACCCGUCUUCGCUUUUGGAGAUUGUCAAGUUGGAGUACCUUUGUAACGUGAAAAAGUCUGUGGCCUUCGGUGUUGAAAGAAAACAAUCUGGGUCACUCGAUGUGCAUAUUUCCAUCGAGACUCACUACGCCACAAAAUCUCCCAUUUCCCAAGAAAUUACUACGAGUCUCGUUGUGAAACAUGAGAUGCUAUCCGCUGGCGUGCUUUGGGGACUGCAAGUUUGGGGAGGAGUUCUCUGUGCGCUGUUAACUCUUUACGCUAUGGUUCAAUGGCGUGGAGUUGUAUACAGAGGUGGACUUCAAAUUUCUCUGUUACCCAUAAUUUCUGGUUGCGUAGCGGAUGGUUUAUAUUUCGCUGCGUUACUGUCAACACUUCAUGCGUUAGCCGCAGAAGCAGGAGCCCUCGGAAUAACUCUACCUUUGUCUGAGAAUGAAGAGAGUACUAUCAAAGCAAUUACCAUAGCUGUUUUGGUUUUAAAGAUCGUUAAAGUGGCUUGGAUGAAUUGGAAGCAGUGUCAGUGCGAUAUUUUCUUUAUCGAUUGGUCUGAACAUAAUCCACCUGUGUCAGAUUCAUCAAAAAAUAAUAACACAUAUGAUUGGAGAUCUGUUUUAUUAGCCCGGGAAUGGAUGGAAAUGCAAACAGUUAGGCGGGUCUGUCCUGUGGCUACGAUUACGCUUACGUUAUUGAUUUUACAUAUAUUAGAUGGCUGGCAGACAUAUCUACCGAAUAGUGAAGGAUACACCUGGGUUAUUGGAUCUCUAUCGUGGUGGUCGUCUUACACCUUCAUAUUUUUAAUAAAUUGGUUGAAGGAUAGAUUCUUUACUUCUCCCAUCACAAGGCUGGCGAAGGUUUGCUCCGGUGUAGAAAUGUCAUUGUUAGUAUUUCAGGAGGAAUAUUAUGCGCAUUACGUUCAUGGAAGAAGUGAUGAAGGCGGUGGUAGUUUGAAAAUAUCUGGACCAUUGGCAACUUGUCGUCUUGUAUGUGCACCGCAAGUGAGGAUUGUGUACAAGAAAUUAGCAAACACGCAAUACGGGUUAGGUGAUAAUAAAUCAAAUCGCAUACUUUUGACACGCUUUUUGGCUGCAUUUUUUGAAAGGGCUCUGGAUGGUUUAAAUUGGGUUGCCAUAGAACGUACUGUACUCGAAAGGUUAUUAGAUGUAGAGUUAACUAAUAGAGAGGGCAGUAAUACCAGCACUUUGUUGUAUGAUAUAGACAGUAAUGUGCCAUCUUGCUUCGCUGUAACCUGGUGGGGUGAGGAAUGGACGCUGGCAACUUUUGAUGCUAUGCUAUUUGGAUGCAUAUUGAUAGCUACAGGACAUGUACUGAUGGCUACUGUGAUUACUCUUAUAUUAUGGCAGAUUAUGAAGCAAAUUCGACAGUGGUUUGCUCAUAGAAACCUACGGAACAAAACUGAUAUUGAAGUUGUUUAA